CGCAAACGCGGGGGCAAGGAAUGAUGCAUAUGUAUGCCACCUCGGGAGCAUUAACUAUUGCCAAGGUAGUCGCCAUAUAAACAUCCUUACCUGCUACGGCCUACCUACUUGAUACUUAGGUACCAGAGCUCAUCGUAUAUAUCUUCUCAGACCCAUCCUCCUCUUUCUCUUGACUCGGUGUGUUCAGUUUCAGUAUGCCUUCAAGCUCAACAACACGCCCCUUUUCUACAACAUCUCAUGUCUAUCCGAGCCACCUCCCAACUCUAUACAAAUCAGGCAGGAUGGAGAAGAAAUUUGCAACUGCAACUGCCGCCGUGGUAGGCAUAGGCUAUGGCAUGGCCAAAUACAAGCAAUAUCAAGAACAGCAACAAUAUCACAAUACCGAGGCCGACGCAGCCACCCGGCGACAUAACGAGGCCAUGAUGAACGCCUAUGCUGAUCGAUCGAGCUUGGCCGAGCUCGAGGCCGCUGUCGAAGCAUAUGAGAAGCACCGGAAGAGCUAGAUGACCUAUUUUCAUCUCAUACUUAUGGCCAUGUGUCUUCAUCUCUACUAUGAGCGUGGAUCGCUUAUCCUGGGGGCACAGCGCAAUAAUGAUUUACGAUUUACACGACAGACGAAAAGUUUAAAGCACUCGCUUCUAGCA